AUGUGGUCGUUGAUACUGACCAUUGGGGCUUGUGCCUCAUUUGCACAGGCUACAGUGGGCGAUGACUGCCUUGCCUGCAUGUGCUUCGUGUCAAGCUCGGGAUGUCAAAUGCCAGAUCCUGUUUGUGAAGACACCGACUGGGGUGAGGUGUGCGGCCCCUGGGCCAUCACCAAUCCCUACUGGAUAGACGGAGGCUUCCAAGGAGGAACCUUCAAGAACUGCGUUCAGAGCUGGGAAUGCAACGAGAGCACAGUCAGAGCGUAUCUUGCCCGUUACGUCCGCGACCCUGAAGCCACUUGCGAGACCUAUGCAAGGACCCACGUUGGAGGACCAUCUGGUCCCAUUCUCGACUACACGAUGACCUACUGGUACCAGGUCAAGACUUGUCUCGAUUACGGCCUCUUCACACCGCCAAGCGUGGAGGAGUAGGGCAGAUUCGAUUCACGUGACUGAGGGAAGAACUGAUUAUGCCUGUUUUUUACAUGAAUCGUUUUGAUUCUAAGCACCUUUCCUCAUCAAAGGUAAAUUGUGCUCAAUAUAUCUAUAUCUGAAAUUUCCAUGUUUAUUCUAAACCAUAGAAAGGCAACUAUUCAUAUUUCUUUCCGUAUCAAAU